UGCACACGGGCUGUCAACUGCCUCGGAAAGUGUUUGUUUACGCUUUGUGCUGCUGAGCGGAGUAAAAUAGUUUGUGCAAAAGAUUCGUUCCGGUUUCUAGUUAUAAUUGCAGCACAAGCUACCCAACAUGUCCGAGAGCAACGAUAGCGUCCGUUGUCGCAAAGCGUCCAACCCGUACACAAGGCAGGAUUUGAAGAAUGCCAUCAAUCUGAUAGUGGACCGCGGCGUUUCCAUCCGGCGGGCGGCCCACGUGUGCAACGUACCACGCACCACGCUGUCCACCUAUCUGCGGUCGCUCAAGCACGGCAAAAUCAGCAAGCUGCUGCCCCAGGAGGAGCAAGCCCUGUACCAGUGGAUGACGGACUGUUGCAAGCGCGGUUUCUCGAUUAAAAAGCGCAACGUGGAAACGGCGGCAGAAGCGCUGGUCCAGAAGAAUGAACCGCCCCGCACGCACCCGUUCCAGGACACCGAGUUCGGACGGCGAUGCUACCAGAGGUUUGUGAAAAGAUGGCUGUCCGUUGAUCGGGCCAAGGAGCGCAAACAUAUCGGCAUCGUAACGGAUUGGUUUCUGCACAUCGAAAGCUAUCUGAACGAAUCGAACCUGUUCGACAUACUGUCCCAACCGGCCCGUGUCUUCCUGUGCGAUGAGCUGCGGUUCCGCGAGCGGGUCGAAAUGAAGGAAAGUGUACGGACGUUGCUGAAGAAAAUGACCAUGCUGUACACCUUCUCGGCGGCCGGACAUCAUCUGUCCCCGCUGCUCGUUUACCCGUACCGGCGUGACGUUCCGCCGCAUAUCGUGCAGGCAGCACCGAAAAACUGUGCCAUCGUGGCACACGAGUACGGACAGGUGACGCCGAAAACGUUUGCCGCCUAUCUGGACAAGGUGGUGGACAAGUUCGUGACGACCAACAACAUCCCCAAGCCGGUGAUUAUGUUUGUGGACGAGUCGCAGGUAGAUCUGACGCUGCAUCUGCACAACACCUGCAAGCGGCUGGGUGUCGUGCUGAUCGGUCUUUCGUCGUCCCAGGUGGUGAAGCCUACCGGUAACGCAUUCAACGACAUCUGCAGCGGAUGGGAACGCGAGCUGCCGAAGUGGGAAAAGGACAAUGGGCGCGAAUUCACGCUCGCCGAAUGUGCCGGGCUGAUGCAGCAAAUCAACCAACGGUACAUCAAGAGCACGGUGCUGGUGAAGGACUUUGCAGAUAGUAAUUUGUGUCCCUGGACCCGGCCGGUACGCGAGACGACGGCGGUGGCGGGCGAUGAAGCGACCGCGGCGGCGUAUGACGAAAUGAUGGAACCGGAGGAUGAGGAUGACGACCUGGAGAUAGAGCAUUUCCUAGAGAACGUUGACGGUUGGUCGGAUGGAGAGGAAGGGGAGGAGGACGUGGAUUUCGACGAGGACGAGGAUGAGUGCAUGGACGAGCUCAACGAUGCGGAUGGCGUUGACGGUGAGCAGCUUGCGGAGGAGAUGGAAAAAGAAGCAGCAGCAGCAGGCAAAAGGGAAGCAGACGAUAAGAACGUCCGAGCCGAUGCAACUCAGUCGGUUGAAACGAAGCCGGACGGGAAGACGGAACCCAAAGCAACCGAAGCUAACUGUUCUCGUAAGCCCGUUCCCGAGCAGGUGAAUGGGAAGGACGGCAACCAGGCGCAGCAAACGCCCCAAAACAGCGCCAACUCUGAGACGGAAGAUAACGAGGACGGGCCACCGGACGAUAUCGAUAUCAGUAUUAAUUUCAUCGAUUUCAAGCGUGCCAUCGGAAGCGAGCUGACGGAGAGGUUUGAGCGUAAGCUAGAGAUUGAGAAUCGUCUCCCGCUGGCGAACCAUGCCGAGAAUGUCCUGUUCGACAUUUAUCGCCAAUUUCGGUGCGACAUUGUCACCGACAGUGACGACGAUUACGACGUUGUAGAGGUAGGCGAUGAUUGAGGAUGAUGACCCGGUAAGCUGGAGCUGGAGCAGUAGAUGAUAGGUCGUUACACCAAAGCACGCACCGCAAGUAUAUGUAUUGAAAAGCUAGUCAGGUAAUUAGAGUCCUAACGAAACAUUCCUUGAUGCUGGUGCAUGGGAAGGCACGACAAGUUUUUUUCUAUUCCUCAUAAGCUACUCUCCCAAAGCAACAGAUAAUAAACUUACGCUGUUUAUAGCUUAACUGUUUG